CUGAUGGUGUGUUUUAUUCAAGGAGAGACUUUCCUCUGAUUUAACAGGAUUAUUUAUUAUUUUUCAUUACGCGCUGCGUUAGAACUGAGUUUGCUGUUCAGGUGUAGAGUCGGCUGAUGUGCGCCUUCGGUUUGUGUCAUACUGUCGCUAAAAGUAACUUUUCAGACUUGUCAUAUGAAUCCGUAAAGUCCAGCACUGAAGAAACGACAUUAUGGCAACAUCAAUGGAAAUAACCGAUUAACCGAGAGCUCGAGACGUUUUCUACACUGUGGGAUAGAAAAGACUGUCGUGGAGGUGAGGAUUCACAGUCCUGUGUGGGAUGUUAACAGACUGGUGGUGCGUUGAGGCUGAAGGAGCAUGGUGAAACACCAACCCUUACAGGUCUAUGAGAAGCAGGUCUUUGUGUCCUUUGUCACUGGGAUCUAUGGUUGCCGCUGGAAACGCUACCAGCGUUCCCAAGACGACAGCUCCAGGUGGGAGUGUACAUGGUUCAUCAUCUUAUGCAGUUCUUUCCUUCUGCUUCUCUUUUGGGCCUACUUCUGGUUGGUGGCUCAAAAUGAUUUCAAUGAGUUCAACUGGUCAGUAUACAACCGCUCUGGAGAAUGGAGUGAUGAGACGAUCCCCAUCCUCGCAUCCACCACCGUGGGAUUCAGCUACAUCACGUUCUUACUGAUUUUAGCUCUCUUCCACAUAUCCCUGGGUCAGCAGCUGAACCUCUACUGGGUUCACAAGAUUGGAGUGCUGGCUACACUGCUCACCACUGUCUCUGGUGUCAUCUCUGUUGAUGACAUAUGGGGAGACGAGUGGGACAUCCUGCUGGUAUCACUGCAGUCCACAGCUCCAUUCCUGCACAUUGGAGCCUUGGCAACAGUCACAGCUAUCAGCUGGUUGGUAGCUGGAUAUGUGGUCCGCAGAGAGAGAUCCAAUUUCCAGAUGAUGGUGUUACUGAUCUACAUCAUUAUCCUCCUGGCUGUCUACAUAGCACCACUCACGUUCACCUGCCCCUGCAUCAUGGACCGUCACAGCCUCAGACAUCGACCAGACAUCAUUGGUCGACGGGGAGCUCCUAUGCUGGCUCCAGAAAACACCAUGGUGUCCUUCAACAGAGCCCUGCAGCAUGGAGCCACCUCCCUGGAGGCCGACGUCACUAUCAGUGUGGAUGGGGUUCCGUUCCUCAUGCGAGACCACACGCUGAGGCGAACCACAGACGUCAGUAAGGUCUUUCCAGCCAGACAGUUCGAUGAUGCCUCUUUCUUCAACUGGACAGAGAUUCGCUCUCUAAAUGCAGGCCAUUGGUUUUUGGAGAGCGACCCCUACUGGACAGUAAAGACCCUGACAGCGAGGGAGCGGAACAGAAUAGGCAACCAGACAGUCUGCAGCCUGGUGGAGAUGCUGCGUCUGGCAGCCAGGUCCAACAGCUCUGCACUGCUUAACAUCCGCAAGCCUCCACCAGAGCAUCCGCGCCACCGCAGCUGGUUUAUGGAUACGCUGUGGGCUGUGCAGAAAGCAGGCAUUUCCCAGAAGCGGGUGAGGACUGUGACGUGGACCCCCGACACCGACAGGGGGAAGGUGCGAGGGCUUCAGCAGACCACAAAUGAGAAGCUGUCGGUGGAGGAGAUAAGGCAGAGGGGAAUUACAAGCCUGACCCUCCACUACGGCAAGGCCAACCACAGAGACAUACAGGAGUAUCUGGCCAAUAAUGUUAGUGUGACCGUCUACCCAGUGAAUGAGCCCUGGCUCUACUCCAUUCUGUGGUGUAGCGGGGUGCCUUCUGUGUCCUCUGAUGCCCCUCAAGUCCUCCGAAAGGUGCCUUACCCCAUCUGGCUCAUGAGCCAGAGCGCUUACAGCUUCAUCUGGAUCUCUUCAGAUCUGGUCUCCCUCGCUAUAGUCAUAGGGAUUUUCUGUUUUCAGAACUAUCAUAUGAUCAGGUGGAGGAUGAGCGGGAUGCAGAACUAUAACCCAGAGCAGAUCAUGCUGAGCGCUGUGACACGACGAUCCAGUCGGGAUGUCAAUAUCAUGAAGGAGAAGCUCAUAUUCUCAGAGCUUAACAACGGGCUCAGCAGCACAGAGGAGCUCUCUCUGUAUCCUGAAAACGGUUAUGCGACAUACUCUCACGGAGGCCUCAGCCGAUGAACAAAACGCCUCAGAUGGGAAAUCCUGGAUGUUAGUUCAACAAUGUUUGAAAUGUAUUUUCUUGUGUGAAGAAAAAGAAAUACGCAAACUGAUCUGUUUGGCAAAUUACCCAGGAAGUGAUGACAGCAUAACAUACCUUGUCUAAAGUACAGACAAUGAGUAUUUCUGCUAUAGUGCUAUUGUGUCGAUU